UUGCCAUGGAUACUGGCGGGGGGGAGGGGUGGAGUUUAGAGGAAGCGGAAGUGUCAGAGCAGGCGGAAGUGGUACUGCCCUGAAUACCCUGAGCAGCGAGCGGAGGACGGCUUGAUAAACUCCCAUCGUUUAGAGAAUAAAAUCGGGAUUCCUUGCACGCUCUAAAUCCUAAAAAAAAUGGAUAAGAACGACCUGGUGCAGAAAGCCAAGCUGGCCGAGCAGGCCGAGCGCUACGACGACAUGGCGGCUGCCAUGAAGGCGGUGACGGAGCAGGCCCCAGAGCUCAGCAACGAGGAGCGCAACCUGCUGUCUGUCGCCUACAAGAACGUGGUGGGGGCCCGCCGUUCAUCCUGGCGCGUUAUCUCCAGCAUCGAGCAGAAGACGGACGGUAACGAUAAGAAACAGCAGAUGGCUCGUGAAUACCGUAUGAAGAUCGAGACUGAACUCCAAGAAAUCUGCACGGACGUGCUGGAUCUGCUCGAUAAAUUCCUCAUUCCACAUGCAUCUACGCCGGAGAGCAAGGUGUUCUACCUCAAAAUGAAAGGAGACUACUUCAGAUACCUGUCAGAGGUGGCCUCUGGAGACUCAAAGAAGAACACGGUGGAGAGCUCUCAGGAGGCGUACCAGAAUGCCUUCGACAUCAGCAAGAAGGACAUGCAGCCCACACAUCCCAUCCGGCUGGGCCUGGCCCUCAACUUCUCCGUCUUCUACUACGAAAUCCUCAACUCGCCUGAGCAGGCCUGCGCUCUGGCCAAGCAGGCCUUCGACGAGGCGAUCGCUGAGCUCGACACCUUAAACGAGGACUCGUACAAAGACAGCACGCUGAUCAUGCAGCUACUAAGGGACAACCUCACUCUGUGGACAUCAGAAAACCAGGGAGACGACGCCGACGCCGGAGAUGGAGAGAACUAGAGCGCACUUCACUGUUAAACCCCCCCCCACCCCCCACUCUCUCCUUCCUCCUUUUAUCUCUCUUCCUCUUUCUUCUCUUCUUCCUCUCUUCGUACACAUAAACAGCCCGUUCAUUCCCUCGUCUCCCCCCUUUUUCAAACCCCCGGCCUCCCGACCUCCCUUCUGUAUAACCAACAGCAUGAAUAGCACCUGACCUCCAGACAGAUAUAUAUUUAAAUCCAGAAAAUAAAAAAACAGGGGGGGGGGGUGUUAAGAGAAAGAACUCCAUCUCCCAACGAUCCUUCCUCCCACCCUCCCCCCUCCCAGGAUCACUCCAAGGUAGACCCUUAUAGCACGGGGGGAGGGGGUUUUGUCCAAAAACGACGAUAUAAAUGAAUCUUAAACUCCCACCUCUCCCCCUCCUCCCCUCCCUCGUUUAAUCUCCCUCCUCCGUUCUUCCUCUUUCCUAACAUUUCAAUACCCCCACCCCUUUAGUGAGUUAAUGCACAUAUAUAGUCGUACCCCGCCCCGUCCCCCUAAAUCUAUUCAGUUAACGCACUUAUAUAGUGAUCCCCUCUUCCUCCCCCCUCCUCUAGUGAGUUAACACUCAUGUAGUGCCCCCCCCCCCCCCCUUCUCUUUUGGCUUUUAUUAGUGUUACCGGCGUAUGGCUGGUUUUAUUCCACUUUAAACAAAACAAAAAAAUUAUUAAACUGUCUGUUUAUUUUCAACAAACACUGUGAUGCUUAGUUUUUCCUCCACCUCUGCCACCAGAUCCUGGGGAUUAAACAGCUGUGGGUGGGGGGGGGGGUGUUUGAGCAGCAAUGCCAUUCUGCUGAGGUUUAUACAGAAGGGUCCUCCUACAAGGCUGUAUUGUGACACUGACACGUCUAAAAACAGAACCUGCUGUGUUCCUUAUUUUCUCUGCUUCUGUUCCGAGAUUGAUCUGAAAACGUAUUAAAACAUUCCCUGGAUGUUCGAUUCGCCUGCUCCCGUGGAUCCCUGAAGUUAAUUCUUGCUUAUUUUCCUUCUUCUUUUUGUGUGUAUAACAAAUCAAACUCUUCUUACCCGUUUUUUGAGAACUGUAAAAUUGUAAAACAUUUUUAGAGCGUGACUGUAAAUCUGUCUUUUGGAGAACGGUUGGUCCAUGCUGUCCGUUAACACCCGCUGCUGUGUGCUUUGGCCACUUCUGACCACAGAACUUUUUAUUUGGUACUUUUUAUUUCUCCUUUUCCACCCCCAAAUCUCUCCCGUGCUCACACUGACAGCUUCCACUCGCUGCUGAACGGUGUAAUCUGCAAGCCGCCAUUUAUCACCAUGUAAAUGUACCGCAACCAUCGGGGGGAGGGGGGGGGGUAAUGACAACGACAACGACAACUUCCUGCUUCCUCAUUUCCUAAAUAUGAAAAGCAUUUGGGUAUUGUUCCUCUAAAGGGAUCAAGAUUAGAGUAUCAGCUAACUGCCUCACAAGUAAAAGGUGCUUUACAGAAACACAUUAUUAAGGUAUUUAAACACUGCCUUUAAAAUGGCAGGAGAAUUUAAUUCAACAAGCUCAGAUAUUUUAAAAGUCCUAAAAAAUACAAGUUCCAAUUAAAGAUAUGAGGAGUAGGAUUUAUUAAAAAGCAGUGGCGAAAAGAAAAGUCUUCAGCCUCACUUUAAGAGGUGAGUUUUUAGGAAUUCUAAAUGAGCAGAAGUUUGUGCCUUUAAGGCAGGGGUGUCCAAACUACGGCCCGGGGGCCAAAUGCGGCCGUUGUUUUGCUAACUUAUGAGGCAAUAUCACCUCUAUAAGUGGCCCAGCUCUCCGUGUAUUUGUCUGUCUGUGGCCCUCGGUGAAAAAAGUUUGGACCCCCUGCUUUAAGGUAAACGAGAUUAGAGUAUUAGCUAGCUGCCUUAAAAUCAAUUCAGUUGAGCGUUAAAGCUCCUUGAGUUUAAAAACCAGGCAGAAAAACUCUUAUCUCAGAUUUGGAUUUUUGAUAAAGGUGUAACUAAAUCACACAAAGAGGUUCUUUACACACUUAAAUAAAUGAGGAAGCGGGGGUUUUCCCUUGCCGCACAUCAAGUCCACACAGGUACGUGCGUUGAAAUGUCCCGGCAGCCGAUAGCCAAUCAUCUGUUAGUGGGGGGGAGAGCCUGUUGGAUCACGGUUCAAAUCUUCAGUCGUAACAUGUUACCUUUUUAUAGAUUAAACUCUCCAAGAGGCGCUCAAUCUGCAGUUAACGGUACCUUUUUGGGGUCUGAUCGUAUACAGUUACGCUUUAACUGUUAAACGUUCUCUUGGCUGUACGAGUUCAAAAGCGGUUAAAUCCCAAACUUUGAGAACCAUCGGGUUUUUAGAAAACCAGAAAAGCCCCCUCAUUCUUCCCCUCAGUGUCACAAUAACCUUGUCACUAACCAUCUCGACAUUCCACUCUUUAGGUGUAGAGAAGUCAUGUGUCUCAAUGUUUUAUUUUUCCUUUGCUGGGGACAAAUGUUUUCAUGCACUGAAGUUUAAAAAGGUUAAAAAGAUAAUUCCUCCCUGCCGCUCUUUUUCUCGUUAGCUGAACAAAAAGGCAGUUAUUCUACGCUUUCUAAGGAAAAAAUGAUCCCAUGCAGUAGUGAAUGUGGCACCGAGCCUGUCUGUAUAUCUGGUAUCUCAAAUCAUUUUGUUUUUACUGACCAGUAUUAUGCUUAAAAUAAAAAGGAAAAAAAAAUAACCCAAAAAAAACAACAAAAAAAGUUUGCUUCUGUGACGGUUUUAUUGCUUAGCGCGCACGUGGUUGUGAACAUUUAGACUUAGCUUAAGGACACCCCCCAAAAAAAUGAGAAAAUGAUGACAAAAAAAAAAUCCCUUCAACACCUCCCCCCCACCCCCACCCCGGUUAUUGAAGUAAUACUAGAUUUGUGUAUGUCUUUUAAAAAAAAUCCAGCUCUAGUUUCACCUUACAUGUUAUAAACAGGACAAAAUGUAAAAGACAAUUUAAAGUGAAAUAAAGGUUUUAUCAGUUCCGAA